AGGAAACGGGAAGCGCACAGGUUGCGUGUUCUUGAUUACUUUCUGGGGAGGGAGAGUGAGACAGAGUGCUACUGCGACUGAUCGAGAGUAUUUCAGAAACGCGUGGCAUUUACAACAGGAGGGGCGCACUGACAUAUCGCACGACUGAUAGUCCAUAAAUGGGGUGCUUCUUCUCCAAAAAAUCUAGGAGAAAAUCUCCUAAUAAAGACUCUGCUUUGCCCACUGGAGACGAGAGCGCUACGGGCAAUGACCUCCCCGAAACCAACAACACUGCGCUGGGCAGCAACAGCAACCAGGAGGCUCCAAAGCAAUACAGCUGGGACAAACGAGAAAAGGUUGAUCCCAAAGACUUCAUGCUGACAGGCCUCAAGAAUGAGACUGUGGGUCGGUUGCCAGGCAAACUCAAUGGCCAGCAGUUUGUCAUUCAGGAUUGUGAGAACUGUAACAUCUACGUAUUCGACCAUUCAGCGACUAUUACCAUUGACGAUUGUGUGAACUGCCGCAUUGUGUUAGGUCCAGUCAAAGGCAGUGUGUUCUUCAGAGACUGCAAAGAUAUCAAGUGUGUGGUGGCCUGCCAGCAGUUCCGUACCAGAGACUGCAAGAAAAUGGACGUCUUUUUGUGCUGCGCGACCCAGCCAAUCAUCGAGUCUUCUACGGGCAUGAAGUUUGGCUGCUACCAGUAUUACUACCCUGAGCUGGCUUUCCACUUUAAAGAUGCGGGCCUCAGCAUCUUUAACAACAACUGGAGCAAUAUUCAUGACUUCACACCCGUUUCUGGAGAGACCAAUUGGAGUCUCCUAACGGAGGAUACUGUUGUCCUGGAACAUGUGCCUCUACCAGAUCCUGAGUCAGAAUUCAAGUCUGUGAGAAUCUCUUCUGAAGCAAGUCGGAGCAUCGUGCCCCUGACCAAAGGAGGCCGGCGUACAGAAAGUGAAGAGUCCUGCCUGUUUGUCUUCUUUUCUGGGGACUACACAACUGCUAAUGCCCGCAAGCUUAUUGAUGAGGCGACCACCAAAGGCUUUGUCCUCAUUCAGACCAAAGAGGUUUCCAUGCGCCCUGAGGAUGUGAACCGAGUGUUCCAGAAUAAUGCAGAGAGCCUCACUGAGUGGAUCACCAAAGGUCCAGUGGUAGCCCUUGAGCUGAACGGAGAUGGUGUGGUGGAGGCGUGUCAAUCCAUUGCCAAUGAAGUGUUUAACGGGACUAAGGUGUUUGUUUCUGAGAGCAAACAAACGUCCUCACGUGAUGUCGACAACUUUUUCAACUUUGCUGACAUGCAGAUGGGACUGUGAAACUGGCGCAGAGGGGCACCUUACCUUAAUGUGGGUUUAUAUUUGUUUGGUUUUGUAAAUUUUGUCAUAUUAGUGAAUUGGAAUUACUUAAUAUGCGAAGCCACUGAUAUCUCAACAUUUUGAGGGGUUUAUAACCACUAUUUAUUCGUACUAGACCAUUUUGCUCUGUGAUCUGACAAUUUUACAUUUUCAUGCCUAUGAAACAGACAAAUAGUCAGUUAGGUUAUUUGGAUCCAAUCAGGAAGGCAAGUGCCUUUAGAUAGAGAACAAAAUCAAAGAGAACUGGAACUUUAGUCUAAUCAAACAUUGCUGUGGACAAUUAUAUCACGUAUAUGCUGAAAAUAAUGAAUUUGAUUAUAUAGAUAUUUAUUUAAUUUUUUUCCAUAAAUGUAUAGCUGGAAAUUGUUUUAUUCUAUUUUGCUUAGAUACAUAUUUCCAUUACAUAUUGUAUAGUCAUUUAGUUUGUGUAUACUGGAUAGCUGUAAAAAAUUACUGUUAAAAUAUGUCAAUUGCCAGAAAACAUGAAUUGUGUUGAAUCAGGUUUUUUUAUAUAACAGAUAUAUACCAUGUAUUUUAUUUCUUUUCCUUUUAGCAUGACUUUUGACUCGCCUCCAAAUUAUAUUUUCUGGGGUUUCACUAUUUUAUUUUAUUUUUUAUUGUAAACAAAUGACAUUUGUCCUCCAAGUUUAAGGUAACACUGUUCUGAAAAGAAUGUAAAAAUUCAAACUGAUACUUUGAAUGUACUACUAAAAGGAGUUGUCUCCUUCACACUGCUCUAUUUUUGUAGGAACGUUUUAGAGAGCACAACUGUCCUGUGACCAAAAAACAAAAAAACAAUUGUACAUGAUAGAUUCACAGUGUACCUUUUUUUUUUUUUUUUUAAUUAUUAUUAUUUCUAAACAGUUCUUAUUUGUAUGAGACAAUUUUGUAGAACUGAAUAUAAGCUGUGAUUUGUCAAUACAUUCAUUUUGGUCUAAA